ACGAAACGGUGAAGGCGUGGGAAUAUAACCUUGAAAUAUAUUUUGUAAUACAAAAUUUGUAUUCUUUUGCGAAUAAAUACGUUGAGUUGAAGUGAUCUAUUAUUAUAAAACUAUUUUAUAACAAUUCAUAAGUGUGGCGAGAAAAUUGUGAUAAAGAAACGGCGUGGGGCGUCAACCAUUUUUUGUAGAUAAAACAACCGGUGUUUUUGUUGUUAGUUUUUCGUUCGUGAGGCGCGCGAGAAAAGCAUAACGAUGAGUAAAGAGGAUAUUUCAUGGAUCAGUGGCGAUGACGAAGUAGAUUGGUUAGCCGGCGACCCGAAUUCGGGGCUCACUUCGACCCCGAGGCGAGGGCACGGCGAGGCGAGCAGUUCGCUCGGGCUGACCGAUUCCCAGGUGGACAAGGUGGUGGAAGUUUUGCUGGCGAGGGGGCUGACCGACAAGCUGGUGAAAGCAGUCAAUUUGAGAGCUAACUCUCCAGGCGCGGCGAGUUCAUCGAAAGAAUCGGAGACGGUGGAGCGGUUCGACCCCGAGCAACCCGAUUGCGACGUGGUCAGGUGGUUGAAUGAAAUCGACCGGCUGGGCCACAUCCACGGCUGGAGCGGGUACGAGCGUAGCUUGACGUUGCAAACAAACUUAACCGGCGCGGCGAGGGAAUGGUUCAGGAGGUUGGAGACGUACGACCACUCGUGGGACCAGUGGAAGAGUUUGUUGGCGGCGGCGUUCCCAAGGAGGCGGGACUUCCACGAAAUGCUCGUGGAAAUGCUCGACCGGCGGAAAUCGGUCUCUGAGACCAUGAGCGCGUAUUUCCGCAGCAAGCUUGAUCUGUGUGGGCGGGUAAAUAUUACCGGCGAGGCGGCGGUUUCCUGUGUGAUUGCGGGGCUUCCCCAUGAGUUGAGGGCGGGUGCAUAUGGUGUGGGCAGCACCACUCCGCAACAGUUGUACACCUACUUGGCGGGGUUGGACAGCUACCAGGUGGGUAGGCCUUCGACCAGGGUUGUGGAGAAACCAUCCUCCAGGUAUAGCGAACCGACGGCGAAGAGGCGGUUGGCAGCAGACCCGGUGAGGUGCUACAACUGCCAAGAGUUGGGGGACCAUUUUAGUCGUGACUGUCCCAAGCCAAAAGUUGAGAGGUGCAGGCGAUGUGGCGAGACGGGGCACAUUGCAGCGGACUGCCCGAGGAAGCGCGGGCGAUUCGAAACCCAGGUAAGACCCUCGGUUAAACCUAACGACGUUUAUAAAGUCGGCGACUUGGUUUUGUGGCGCACGGUGGACUCAAAUGUUAAUCAAAAGUUGGCGAAUAAGUCAUUUAGGGUGAGUAAAGUGUUGGGAGGCGACCGUUGCCUUAUCGAAUCGAUUGGGGGCGUCGGAUUCUCUGCAGUUGUGGCGGUAGACUCCAUCAGGCGUUAUCACGGCGUGAAUGAAGUUUCAGGAGAAUCAGGCGGUGAUUCUGGCGAGAUCGACUCGAUCUUUUAGAGUCGUAGGAGGCCGAAUGUUACACCAGCGCGGUGCAAAGUCCGGCAACGGUGUGCGUGGAAGGGACUUCGACCAACGACGCGGCGAUCGAGCGGGGAGAACAGUUUCAAAGGCGAAACGGUGAAGGCGUGGGAAUAUAACCUUAUAAUACUUAAUUUAUGACAUAGUUACAGUUGUAAUAUAUUUUGUAUUCUUUUGCGAAUAAAUACGUUGAGUUGAAGUGAUCUAUUAUUAUAAAACUAUUUUAUAACACUAUUGUAUGACAUUUGACAACUGUCAACUAACUUAAG